CACUAAAGAAAAUUUAGGAGCCACUGCCACUGCUAGUGCUAGUCAGCUACUGACCGCUCAUCAUCUAACAGCUUUAUCUUGACUUGACGACGAGCAGCUUAAACAGCUUUUUUCGAGCGAACCGCGCGCGUGGUUUAAAUGUAAACGCCGGAAAAUUCGGGCAGUUGUGAUGGUUUUCCACCAGUUAGGGAUGCUCUUAGUGCUCCUUAUUUCCCUUAUAGGGGUUACGCACAGUUUACAACAUUGUCCGAUAUGGAAAGAAAUCGUCCCUUGUACGUGUAAGACAGAUAAAAGUGAUGCUCUUGUAAAAUUAACGUCGAUAUCGUGUGAUAAAAUGGAAUCUUUCGAUCAUGUCUUGGACAAACUUCGAGGACAUUUUCAACCUACUGAUAGAGUGUCGUUACGUUUGGCGUUUUCAUCCCUUGGUGAUUUAUAUAAACAUUCUUUUAAAGAACUUAAUAUGACUAUUGAAAAUUUAAAACUAAAUCAUGAUUUUAUUGGGUACCUGAAUGCAGAAACGUUCCAAAGCUUAACACGAGUCAAUUAUUUAAGUUUAGCAGAUAACGAUUUAGAAGAAGUACCUGAAAAGUUAUGGAAAGAAAUGCCAAAUGUCAAAACCUUAGAUUUAGGAAGAACAAAAAUUAAGGCGUUGUAUGAAAGUAGCUUUGUUGGUUUGAAACAAAUAGAAUGCCUUGUUCUUCCUGGAAACCAAAUCUCACAAAUGAACCCCAGAUCUAUUCCAAAUCAAAUUCAACGGUUACAUCUUGGAAGAAACCACAUACGAGAUUUGAAUAACAGCCUAAGAAAUUUGUCUGAGUUAAGAUGGUUGUUUAUCAAUUCUAACGAACUUGUGGAUAUAGAUAGUCAGCUGCCAAAAUAUGCUCCAAACCUCAUAUUAAUCCAUGCUUCGCAUAACGAGUUACAUAGAUUGCCACAACAGUUGAAGAAUUACCCAUAUCUGGAGUCUAUAUUUUUCCAUAAUAACAGGCUGGCAUCUUUAGAUGGAGCUUUAUCCAAAAGUACACAUUUGCAACGUGUUGUUCUGGAACACAAUCAGAUUAAUCUAAUAUCAAAAGAAGAUUUCGCGGAGACGUCCAUGUUGGAGUCUUUAUUAUUAGGGCAUAAUGAGCUUGCGACUCUAAACAACUCAUUAGUAAAGUUGACCCGGUUGAACUUCCUUAAUCUAACUUUUAACAAAUUAAAGGAAUUUUCACUACAAGAAAUCGUUGAUUUGAAAGAACUAAGAAGCAUAGAUCUGUCUUACAAUCUAAUAACAACUUUAUCUGGACCACCUGCAAAUUUGGUAGAUUGGAACAUAAAAUUGACAGAAUUAAAACUCGAUCAUAACUACAUUGAAACUUUAAACGGAGCCCUAUCAGGUCUGACAGAACUUCUCAGGCUAAAUUUAAGUUUCAAUAAACUCAAGAAAAUUUUACCAGAAGAUUUUAUAGGAUUAGAAGAAUUAAGAUUGUUAGACAUUUCAUACAAUCAUUUAACGACACUGGAGGAAACUAGCAAGACCUAUUUACCAAGAUUGUCAGAGCUAAAAGCAAGUCAUAAUUAUCUAACAAUACUGGACAAAGAUUUUCAUGGAUUGCCGGUGUUAUGCCAUGCCGAUUUAUCCAACAAUCAGAUUGUUGCUCUUGGUAGAGACUUAGUGGCUAAAACUCGAUGUACAUUGGAGCACGGUGUCCAUGAAGGAACAUGGGAUACGUUGAAGAUAUACCUUCAAGAUAAUCCAAUUCUUUGCGAUGCUGCCCUACCAGAUAUCGUAUCCAUCAUGGAAACGAAUCAUACAAAAAUUAUCGGAAUAUCACAUUGUCCACCAUUGAGUGAACAACCUACAACCUCUAAACCCAAUGCUUUCCUAGGCUACAUUCCGGAAUCAACAAUAGGUUUGCACUACCCCAGACCUGAGUAUCAAAAUGAACAAGCCAAUCAGAAAAACACCAUACCAACUGUGCAAUCCGACGCCACAUUAAAUGCUAAGCUACAUUAUAAUAUUCAGAAUGAACCGAUAUCUAACGAACCUCUAAAGAAGGAUGUUGUGCUAAAUGUACAAACCUCAGCAAGUAAUGAUCAAAUUCACAAUCCAUUCAGGGUAUUAAACGAUACAGUGAAUACAGCUGCAAAUAAAAGCGAAACAUUACAGUCGGAUCAAGCUUUCGAUCCUGUAAAACAAGGUCAGCAAAUCAACAAAUUAGCUUCAGAAAUCGAAGAACUUCGAACGAGAAUCGAUGAGUUAACGUCACAAAAUCAAAUGUUGAUGCACCAGAAAUUUAACAAAAACGAUAAGCUUUCGGAGCUGCAGAAGCCGUAAAUAGAAAUUUGAAAAAUGAAUAUUAUUAAUAUUAACUUAUUACUAGUCAUUUAAUGCUACUUCUUAGGAAUUUUUAGUAAAUUGCGAAAAAACAAGCUUCUCGGGUCAUCUAGCACUUCUGCGCCACGGAAGAAAUGAUUUCGGUUAAACAAUUAACACAUUUUCUUAAAGUUUCUUUCCAUCUUUACUAUUUGUGACAUAACGGAAAACAAAAAUCUGAUUGGUAGGUACUAUAAAUGGGUGUUUUUAUUUAGGUACCUUAUUCGGUUCCAUGACAUUUGAGAACAAAUUAAUGAUCUUUACUAUUUGUGACAUAACGGAAAACAAAAAUCUGAUUGGUAGGUACUAUAAAUGGGUGUUUUUAUUUAGGUACCUUAUUCGGUUCCAUGACAUUUGAGAACAAAUUAAUGAUCCUAUCCAAACCAAAUUAUUAAAAACCACUGUGAAUCAUCAUCACAGUAAUUAAUAGCAGAUAAUAUGUUGAGGUUCAUCAUUCAGCUUCAGGAGCUCGUAUAGUUUGACUAAUCAUAUUUCCCAGCUAUUCGUGUCCAUCUCCUACAUAUAUUGCCUCAGUAUACUGUGUGUUGAGAAGCUUUGUCGUAAUGUCUGCCCAUGGCUGUGUAGCUCUGUCGCUUUAGCGUUAACUCUGAAGGUACAGCCAACACAGUGUCUUGUUUCAAAGAAAUUUUAAUUUCCGAAAUGAAAGUAGACCCAUUUUAUGGCAGGGUACACAUAGUGCGACCGAUAUGUGAAACAAUUGCACAUUUAAUGAUACAAGCAUAUAAUUUGCACCACAUAUACUACACAUAUAAAGGUUCAAAUUUAGAUAUGAGGCCAUCUCAGAUUUUGUCUUUUACAAAAAUGGCGGGCGUUCAAAAUGGCGGCUAUACUUAUGUGUUUAAUAGUACCAUAACUUUUGAACGAAAAGUCCGAUUUCAACCAAAUUUGGUAUAUAGGUUUUCUUUUUGAUUUACAAGAGGGAUAUGGUGAACCGGAAGAAUCGGUUUACCAGAAGUUGUGUUUUUACUGGUUGUUUAUGUAAAAAUAUGUCUUUUUUUUCAAUUUUUUCCCUCUGUAUAUAUUAAUUUUUCAAAAAGGUAAUACCGCAAUUGAAAAGAGCGUAAAAAUAUUUUGUAGAAAAUAUUUUGAACUUUUUAGUUAUGUUAAUUAUCAUUUAAUAAAUGCAUAACGUAUCAUCACAAGUACCUAUGUGUGGCAAAUUCGUGCAAACAUUAUAAGAAUUAUUGUGUAUUUAAUGGUAGAAGCAUAUAAUUUGGACCACAUAUACUACACACAUCAAGGUUCAAAUUUAGAUAUAAGGCCAUCUCAGAUUUUACCUUUUACAAAAAUGGCGGGCAUGCAAAAUGGCGACUAUACAUAUGUGACUUAUAGCACGAUAACUUUUGAACGAAAAGUCCGAUUUCAACCAAAUUUGUUAUAUAGAUUCUUAUUUUGAUGUGUUAGACCAAGGUCUUGAACCGGAAGAAUCGAUUUACCAGAAGUUGUGUUUUUCCUGAUUUUUAUGUAAAAACAUGUUGUUUUUUUACCAAUUCUUUCACCCUGUAUAUAUUAAUUUUUCAAAAAGUUAAUACCGACGUUGAAAAGAGCGUAAAAAUAUUUUCUAGGAAAUAUUUUGAACUCUUUAGUUAUAUUAAUUACUAAUUAAUAAAUGCUUAACGUAUCUUAACAUGUACCUAUGAAUCUAUGUGCGGCGCAUUCGUGCAAAUAAUAUAAGAAUUAUUGUACAUUUAAUGGUAAAAGCAUAUAAUUUGGACCACACACACACUACACAUACAAAGAUUCAAAUUUAGAUAUGAGGCCAUCUCAGAUUUCAUCUUUUACAAAAAUGGCAGGCAUUCAAAAUGAAUCUACCGCACAUAGGUACAUGUGAAGAUACGUUAUGCAUUUAUUAAAUGGUAAUUAACAUAACUAAAAAGUUCAAAAUCUUUCCUAAAAAAUAUUUUUACACUAUUUUCAAUGGCGGUAUUACCUUUUUGAAAAAUUAAUAUAUACAGGGUGAAAGAAUUGAAAAAAACAACAACAUAUUUUUACAUAAAAAAAAAUAAAAACACAACUUCUGGUAAACCGAUUCUUCCGGUUCAAGACCUCGAUCUUAUUCAUCAAAAAAAGAAACUUGAUACCAAAUUUGGCUAAAAUCGGACUUUUCGUUCAAAAGUUAUCGUGCUAUUAGUCACAUAUGUAUAGCCACAUUUUGAAUGCUCGCCAUUUUUGUAAAAGACAAAAUCUGAGAUGGCUUCAUAUCUAAAUUUGAACUUUUGUAUGUGUAGUAUAAGUUGUCCAAAUUAUAUGACUCUACCAUUAAACGUACAAUAAUUCUUAUAAUAUUUGCACGAAUCUGCCACAUAUAGGUACAUGUGAAGAUACGGUAUGCAUUUAUUAAAUGGUAAUUAUAAUUAACAUAACUACAAAGUUCAAAAUAUUUCCUAAAACAUAUUCUUACGCUCUUUUCAAUAGUGGUAUUACCAUUUUGAAAAAUUAAUAUAUACAGGGUGAAAAAAUUGAAAAUAAAUUAUUUACAUAAUAUAAAAUAGUUUUACAUAAAUAACCAGAAAAAACAAAACUUCUGGUAAAACGAUUCUUCCGGUUUAUGGCAUCGAUCUUGUAAAUCACAAAACGAACCUACGUACCAAAUUUGGUUGAAAUCGGACUUUUCAUUCAAAAGAUAUCGUGCUAUUAGUCAUAUAUGUAUAGUCGCCCAUUUUGAAUGACCGCCAUUUUUGUAAAAGGCAAAAUCUGAGAUGGCCUCAUAUCUAAAUUUGAACCUUUAUUUGUGCAGUAUAUGUGGACCAAAUUAUACGCUUGUAUCAUUAAAUGUGCAAUUCUUAUAAUAUAUUGCACGAAUCUGCCGCACUAACACAAACAUUUCAAAAUCAAAAGUGUGGCAGACAAAUUAUGGACAGAAGACAAAUUAUGGAAUUGUUUGUGGUGUAGGUAUGCUUUUCUAUAUCUAUUAAUGGGAUGUACAGAUGUACACACUUUGACUUUUAACAAACACUCUAUGAAUGGACCAUCUCCUAAAAGAUUAGCAAUUCGACGUGUUCGUGUGAGGGGCAUGACGAAAUAUGAUAUUUGAACAGCUUAUCUGUGGACAGCUUCUCGCUUGUCGCCCGCUACAUUGUCUCUCGAGAUAAAUCACUCGCAAGCCUGGCCGUAAGGCCCUUUGAACUACCAACCGCUCCAUUUUGUGAUCGAUUCGAUGGAUAUUACCAAAAACUUGAAAAUUUUAGAGUAAACAGUACUAGAGAGACGUUGAUUGAAUCUAGAACCGAUAGAUCAUUUGUCAUACUCUCGUUGCUUUAUCUGUUUCUGUUAUUAGAGCUCUUCACUCCAUAAUAUGCCUUUAUUUGUUCGUCGGUAAAUUCGCUCUUCUUGUGCUGAGGCUUCAUAUGCAGUUCCUUUUAGAGAUCCCAAUAUGCAAGCGUGGAGCCGAUUUGUCGCGUAGUUUUUAUUGAAUUGAUUAUUAUGUGGGUACCUACUUGAUUCAGGGUACUUUUUUCUACAGCCAAAUAAAUGGGGUUCGCACAAAUAGUCCCCGGACAAAAAAUCCCCACACAUUUUUUAUGAUAAAAUAUCCCCACAAAAAAUUCCGGACAAAAAAUCCUCAAGAAAUAUGUGCUGCCGAAUAGUUAUCUAAAAGUUUUCCCGUGAAUGCAAUCGACGCAAAUGUUUUUCAGCCUUGGUGCAUGAGAGUUACCUAUAGCAAUCGCCAUGAAACCGCUUUUCGGCACGAAAAUAAUGAUUAGCAUUUGAAAUGUUGCCUGCAUUGAAUCGAAACUGAUGACUAAAUAAAAAGGAACAGAUUUUUUUGCAUUACAAUCAAGAUUAUCGUUUUCAGGACCAGCAGUUAUCAUCACGAAUACUCAAUGUUUUGAACAGAGUUAUUCAAAGCAGAGUGAGCAAAAGAUUUAAGCGAAUAAUUACAACAUGAUUCCCACAGCCUUCACUCAUUCUCCAUAUCUUCCACGAUUUUUGAAAAAACAAUUGGAACUCAAAAUUUGGUAAUUGAAAUUAUAAUUCAUGCAUAAUUUUAAGUGCUAAUCAUUAUUUUUAUGCCAAAAAGCGAUAUUAUGGCGAUUGCUACAACUCUCAUGUGCCGAGGUUGAAAACCAUUUGCUUCGAUUGCAUUCAUGGGAAAACUUUUAGAGAACUUCUUCUUCUUAAAAUUCCCUCUCCUGUCGGAGGUUGGAUAUCAUAAUGGCUAUGGUCACUUUGUUUGCUGCUGCUCUGAACAGUUGUAAUGAACUACAGUUAAACCAUUCUCUAAGGUUCCUCAGCCAGGAGAUGCGUCUUCUUUCUAUGCCUCUUCUUCCUUGGAUCCUUCAUUGCAUAAUAAUUCUCAGCAACUCGUAUUUUUCUCCUCUGGUAAUGUGACCCAAAUAUUCCAGUUUUCUAGUUUUUAUACUCUUCAUCAACGGCGGAUCCAGCAACCUUGCAAGGUGGAGGCAAUGAAAUAAAAAUUUUAUGUGACUGGCGUACGCAGGAUUUUUUUUUUCGGGAUGAGCUGUUAUUUUCUUAUUCUUCAUGUACCAUGUCCUUUCAGAACGUUAGUUACCAUCACAGGUAUCUUAAUUUUAUUUAUUGCUACUCUAAAUCAUCCAUAAAGUUCUUCUUCGUCCUGGACUGCGUUUGCCUGCUAUUUUCACUUGAAUAAUAUUUUGUAGCAACCUAUAUUUGGGACCUCUCAAUAAAUGUCAGAAAUAAUCCAGCUAUCUCUUCUUGAUUUGAUGCUUCUUAUAAUCGCAGUAGUCUUGCUGAGACAUUCUAGUAUUGUGGAGUUUCGAAUCUUCUCCAUCCAAUAAACUCUUAAAAUUCUUCUAUAGCACCACAUUUCGAGAGCCUCAAGGCGAUUUAGAUCGAUUUUAUUCACAGUUCAAGACUCGACACCAUACAGUAAGACCGAGAACACGUGGCAGCGAAGUAGUCGGAUCCUUACUGCCAAGUGUAGGUCUCUGUUACAUAAUACUUUGGACAUCCUUCUAAAAGCGGCUCUUAUUCGGGGGGUUUUAUUAAAUGAUCAAAUUACCAUAACAUAUCACCGACAAUUAUUAUUUUUAUCUUUUCUCUGGCAUUGAAUUGAAUAGACGGCAAUAAACAGAUUUAUUGUGGGACUUUUUCAGUUAGAUAUUAUGUUCCAAAGACUUUUAAUAAUUUUCAUUUCUAAGGAAUUCUGCCAUAUUUAUGUUUCAGUUAUUCAGUUAUCAACAGGACAUUCAUUAUUUAUGUUCAAUCGUAAUCUCUUUCUUAAAAACAGUGUCAGUAGACACCAAGGCGAGGUCUCAAGGAGGGGGCAAUAAUUGACUUAAUUGCCCCCCUCCCCCUUGGAUCCGCGCCUGCUCUUCAUAAUUUCUAACUCCUAUUUAGAGAACUAUUCAGCAGCAAAUAUUUCUAGGGGUUAUUUUGUCCAAAAAACUUUAUGGGGAUUAUUUGUCCGGAAUUUUUUGUGGGUUUUUUUUUUGUCCGGAGAUUAUUUGUGGAGAUAUUUUGUCUGGGGAUUUUUUGUGCAGGGAUAAUUUGUGAAGAUUUCUUGUCCUAGUUUCAAAUAAAUAGACUUAAGUUUUAACUUAUUAAUGACGAAAUGAAGAAAAGAUUUAUCUAAGUAGAUCGAACUUCUCGAGAUACUUUCAUUUGACCGUGGCGCUCAAGUGGUAUAUAGGUACCCGUUACACGCAAUGAGAAACAAAGUGCCUUUAAUGCGUAGUUUUUUUGAACCGUAGAAUAUUAGAAAGUAUAACUAAUAGAAAGUGCCUGAAAUCGCCUUAACGUUAGAGCGUACGCACUUUUGUUUUCUAAAAGUACCUGUAUAAUGUAUAUAGACUUAUUUACAAAAACUUCACUUGUUCAAGGUUCAAAUUGGCACAGUGAGCAAUUCUUUGUUGGAUUUAAAAAUGUAUUUAUCCCGACCACAAAUCAUAACAAGAGUAAUGUGAUAUAUUAGGUGAAUUUAUUAUUUUGACUAGUGCCAUAUUUUACAAAUCACGAUAAGUUUUUUAAGACUUGAAUAAUCGAUAAACGAUAACAGGUCGAAUAUAUUUUAAUUUUUGUUUAAAAAACGAAUGGCCUACAGGCCGAUAAGCGUACCUAUCUAUACCUACUAACGUUAACAUUCAUAAUACCAAAGACAUCUCUUACUCAAAAAACUUCAUUCUGAUUUAUUUGACGAUUUAAAUUUCGUGCUAAACCAGGACACUUAGCACUAAAAACACCGGAAUAAAUCGAUUUUUAGAUACAGCACCUAGAGAUUUGCAACUUUUUGCAUUGUGUUCAGGAUGAUGUCAGGAAAAGUUUGCAAUCCUCGCUGAUUUGCAAAAAGGUGCCAAGUACCAUUUUUUAUAUCUUUACUAAGUGGAUCUUCUAAGCUCCUUUUUAUACAACCAGUUUAAAAAAAAUGUUACUUAUUGGCACCAAAAAAUUAUGAGACUAUCUGACUAUCUCAACACCGAUAAGUAAUACACUUGACCCCUUUUUUCAGAAUAGGUAGAACCUUCGUACAUAUCAUUUUUGCACAUAACCCCUCUUUUGAAUAAAAUGUCACUUGGCACCUUUUUGCAAAUCAGCGACACAAUAGAAAAAUGGGUGGAAAUGUAUAAUUGCAUUAUAAAGUGCAUAAAAUGCAUCCGAAAGUGCAUAAAGAGGUCAAAAUAAGCAUAUGUAUAUUAAGGGCCAGAUUUUGUUACUCGGGAGUUUUUGGGGUCACUGAACACGACUACGUCAUCAGAACCGACCUCCGGAGCACCUGGUAUCCAAGGUCACUGCUAAGGAACGUCAUCUUGAGGUUCGAGGGUAUCGGCACUAAAUUGAUGCAAAUUACCUGAGAGGUUUUUGGAAUCGCUGAACACGAAUAUGCCAUCAAAGCCGACCUCCCGGAGCACCGGGUCCCCAAUCCCAGGCAACCAAGUGACGUCAUAUAACGUUGAGGAAACGUCAGUUUUUGGUUGAAUAUAACACGUGUUUGAACAUUACGUCAUAUAGACGUCUUUUGUAGGUGAUUUUAAAUACGUAAGAUUAAUGACGUUAAAAUUACGUUUAAAAAACGUUUUAAUUUCAGACAGCGUAAGUCUGACGUCACAAAAUUGGGAGGAGCUUGCUUGUUUGUAUUGACUCAAAACAAUUUCGUUUAGUUAUGUUCCAACAAUUUCGCUAAAUGUUCAUAACUCAUAAGAAAUUUCUCAUUUAUUGUUUAUGCGGUUUGUGUCUUGUGUGAUAAAAUAAGACUUUUCAUUUAGAUAUUUAGUUGAAGAAACGUGUUAAUUAAGAGAUGUUUAUGCGUUUUUGCUCAGUGAGUUAGUUUAAUGCAGUAAUUCUUCUUGACAACUAUUUGAGGUUAUGUUUAUUUGUUUUUAAUUAAGCGUAGAUAUUACGACAGCGUUAAAUUAAGAUAUUAAGUAUGCUGGAUAAUUUGUUAAUAAAUUAUUUAUUAGUUUCAUAUAUAUGUUGUUUCAGUUUUGACACAGUAAAUAGGUAUAUAUAACUAGUGAAAGUUCUAUAAUGUGAGGGCUGGUACAAUCAUGCAGAAUCAAUGUUGCUUCUAGCGCACAAGCGAUCUUAAACAAAUGGUAGUAUAUCUUCGACACAUGGGAAGUAGGCCUAUAGGUUUCUUGUUACCUAUUUUUUAUACUAUUUUGAAACAUCUGAAAGAGGUCACUUUUUGAAAGUAUUAAAGACGUGAUUUUAUCGACGUAUAAAGGUCGUCAUCUUUUUGACGUUGGAAAAUCGUCACGAUCUCGACGUGAAAAAAACGUAGAUACGAUUACGUUUUAAAAUCGUCACCAUUAUGACGUCAAAUCGAUGAGACAAAUACACGUGAUUUUCAACUCAGUACUACGUCAUAGAAACACGUCAAUUGGUCAUUUUUAUGACGUGUUAUCUACGUUAUAAAAGCGUCGUUUGGUUGCUUGUGAUGUCACUGCUAAGUCUAAGGUACGUCGUCUUCUGGAGUUCCGACAACCACUCUACGAAGAAGAAAAUUGAGUGACAAUACAAAGAAAGACCCUCUUGGACCCUCCUCCACUUUAAGCGAAAUUGGUGAAAAAAAGUUGGUCGAACAUAUCUUAAAACUUCAAAAAAACGGAUUUUUCGGCAUUAAAUUAAUGCGAAUAGAUUACUCGGUGGUUUUUGGGGUUGCUGUUGCUGAAAACGAAUACGCCAUCAGAACCGACACACGGAGCAUGUGGUGUCUAUGGUCACGUCAUCUUCUGGAGUUCCAGAACUCUCAUCACUAAAUUGAUGCAAACCGAUUACACGAGGGGUUUUUGGGGUUGCUGUACACGUUUUCAGAACUGACCACCGGAGCACCUGUGUCCACGGUCACUGCUAAGGUAUGCUCAGGCCGCCGAGAGGAAUGAGCGGGUCCCGGUAACAAGUGAAGAGCGGGCCCCCACAAAAAGUGAUAAGCGAAAAAAUUGUUUAACUUUUAUAAGAAAUAAAAUUAUCAAUAAUAAAUAAUAAGAAAUAUUUCAAUUAUAAGUUUUAUUAAAUUUUGAUUAUAUUUACAGCGACAAUUUUUAUAAUACCUACAGGUACUCUUCGAGUUUUCUGAUUGGCAAAGAUGUUUAUAAUUUUCGAAAAAUCGCAUGAUUUUGCCAAAUUAUUAUCAAUGUACAAAGUUGCUAGGCCAGUUAACCGAUCCUAUUUCAUUGUACAUCUCGUAGCAUUUUUAAUGCGAGAAAGACAACUAAAGGAUAUUUUCUCUUCAGCGGGUUAAUAAUUGCUUAAAAAAAUAUAUGACAAUAUUAAAUAUUUCACAGCAAAAUAUUUCGUCGGACUCAAAAUUAUCAGUCGACGUCACUAUACUAGGCCCAGGCAAAUCAUCCAAAAAUUUGGCAAGUUUCUUGCGCUGUUUUUACAAUAAAACAAUAAAAUAUAGCUGAGUGGUAAGAGCAAACAGUAGCGAUCAACAGGUAGCAACAAACGCGUUCCAAGAUUGCGGCUCUAAUUUUGAAUAUUUUGUCGAGAUAUUUGGCACACAUAUUCGUAAUAUAAUAAAGAAUGGCGGUACAGAGCCCAAUUUCAGAAAUAUGUUAGUAUGUGGAAAUUACUCUGUAACUAAAUAAAAUAUUGAAAAAAGGAGCCUGUACCGCCAUUAAGAAAGACAAAAAAUACACUUUCUUCAAAUAAACUUUUUUAUCCCGUGCCUAGAUUUUGUGUCACAUUGGAACUACUAAAAAUCGCUUUUUUUAUAACAAGAAAUCGAACGUCACUGACUUGGCAACAUUUUGCGCCUAUGUGUAUAAAAAUUAUUUUUCCGCAAAUCGCCAGGAAAUUUUGACAUUCCUGUCAAAAUUUCUUGAAGAAAAAGGCAGGACUUCCUUACUGUAAGGAAAUGUCAUUUCCUUACUGUAAGGAAAUGAUAUUUCCGUACAGUUGUUAGUGUUCUACAUAAAUGAUAGAAAAUUAUUAAUAAUCCAUAAAACGUCUGUAUGCAUUUUCGUACUUUUCUCUUGAUUUCUUUGGCAAUAAUUCUAAUGAAGCAGUAUUCACUGCCUCAACCAGCUCUGGAGGAGUCCCAGGAAUGGAAAUUUCAUCAUCACUUAUCAUUUUACUUUCGAGAACACCAGCAAUUAAAUUUAUAAGCGUCAAGUUUGACAAUUCAACCUCAAUACGUUUCCAUAGUAACCCAAGUAAUUUUAUUAGGAAUUUCAAAGCACCAUUUAUUUGGGAAUAAAAUUAUCGCGUUUUUUUUAAAUCAAUCAAUAUCUGUCGAAUUUUAAACGAUUUGCGGAAAAAUAGUAUGUUUACCUCGUAGGAAAAGCCACAUUCCUGGACUCUGUGUUGCUAAGUCUCGGCUUGCGCCUCGACUUAGCAAUCUUCACAGUCGUCCAGGAAUGUUAAGCUUUUCCUACCCGGUAAACAAUGUACUAGUUUUUGAUAGUAUAACGUCACUGUCAGUGUCGAAUUACCGACUCACUGUUGCCUCACUUUUGAAAGUUCGCAGAACUUUCGCAAUCUUGGACCGGGUUUGUUGCUACCUGUUGAUCGCUACUGUGUGCUCUUAAUUAAACGCAUUAUGCACAUAAAGUGAAGAGCAAAAAACGGGAAAAAUUACGUCUUUGGUUUGGUCGACGCCGGGCCCCUACAAAAUGUACCGGCUGUACCCCCUCACGGCGGGCCUGGGUAUGCUAUAUCUUCUGGAGUUUGGAGGGUUUUGGCUUGGACACCAGGUGCACCGAGGUCGGUUCUGUUGGUGUAUUCUUGUUCCCAAAAACCUCCGAGUAACAAAAUCUGGCCCUUAAUACACUUAUUUUGAUGUGUUUACGCACUUUAAAAUGCAACUCUACAUUUCCACCCAUUUUUCUAUAGUAGACUUUUUCCUGACAUUAUGCAAAAAGUUGCAAGUCUCUAGGUGCUGUAUUUAAAAACCGAAUUAUUUUGUGCUAAAUGCCCUUGUCUGCGCAAUCGCAUAGUAUAUUUAGUAUGGUACAAGUCCACAGAACUAUCUGAAACCGCUAAGGUCAGACCGAUCCAAAAUUUUGGUUGCACGACGUUGUCAGAUCAAUCGGGUUUCAAAGGGUUUUCGGUUUUUUAUUUGUUACUUGUUUCACAGUAAAAUUUCUUUCUGUUCCCUCUUGCAUAAAUUUAAACAAUUUUUAUCAACGAUUUUAUCUAGCAAUGUCUCAACACCACUGAUUUCGUGCAUAUAGCAUUUUAAAUUGCGUUUAAGUCCCCUCUCCUUGAUUUGCUACCCGAGUGACCUGUGCGGUUUCAGAUACUUCUGUACUAUUGUAAGUUAUACAUUUUUCUCUAAAGUUGAUCGUUUUCGAGUUAUAAACAAUUUAAAACUGAAAAAAGAACGAAAGAUGACAAUUUUCAAGGCUCAAAAACACAAGUAAAAAUAUCAUUUUUGUAAUCAUCAAGUACAUAAAUUCAAGUUCAAACAUUUUUCUAUCAGGUCUCGAUAAGAAGUUUAGCCAUGUUUUAUUCUAAAACAUAUUUUUUUAAUUGUCAAUGAGGAAGGGUUCUUAUGGGGAGACGGGCAUUAACAACUAAAAAACAAUGUUUCAGAAUGAAAUAAGUACAAAAUACUUAUCAAGAACUGAUAGAAUAAGGAUUGAACUUGAAUUUAGGUACUUCGUAAUUGCAAAAAUGAUAUUUUAUACAUAUGUUUUUGAGCCUUAAAAAUCGUUGUCUUUCGUUCUUUUUUCAGUUUUCAAUUGUUUAUAACUAGAAAACGAUCAACUUUAGAGAAAAAUUACAAAAGGCCUUUUUUGUUUAGAAUGACCUAAAAAAUCUGAAAUAAUAUCUGUUUGGAUCAAAAUUGUUUUUUUAAAUUCAUAAAAAACAUUUUAUUUUUUAAUCAUUAAUUAAUUAUAGUUAGAACAAGAUUAGAUCGGGCAACCCUUGUUUUUUGUAAUUGUUAACUUGCUAAAUUACAUAUCCAAUAAUUUUUAUCCAUUGAACAGAUAGGUGCAAAUCGACCUUAUAUCGUAUCUUAGACUAACAAAAAGUUUAUUGAAACUGAUUGGAUAGUUAAAAAUCUAUACAAAAACCUGGUUAUUGCUUGAGAGCCGUAUACUUGACACAUAUUUUUUCUAUGUAGAAAACUCUAUUCUGAUAGAAAAUAUACAGGGUGUUUCAUUGGCAAACGGAAAUACUUUAACGGUGAAUAGAGGUCACCAGCCAGUUCAAGACAUACUAAAUUUUUUGAACUGCCGACUCUUAUAACCAAGUUACAGGGUGUUUUAUCGAUUUUGCCCAUUUCUUUCCUAAGCCCUAACUUUAGAACCACCCUGUAUAUUUUUUUGAUUUGUGGUACACAUAUGUCUCAUUUAAAACCCAAACGACCGACAUACUAACCAUAAGAAAAAUCCAGGUCCUGAUUAACAAAAAAAUAUAAAGUAAUUGUGACCUUAAAACAACACCCUGUAUAUUCAAAUUUUGAAAAUCUGUUUGCAUAUUUGAAAAGAGCACAAAAAAGUAAGUUUAAUGGUUCGCUUCAAUUUUUCGGCCAGACAAUUUUAUGACUUUAAUUUUGAAAUUAUAUUGAAUUUUUUAAGAACUCUGAUAUUAAAAAGCAGGUAAUAUUAACUUUUAGUUAUAAAUUAUUAAAGUUAAUGAAUAAAUACUCAUUUUAAAAAUAUUCAAUACUUAUUUACCACAUUUUAACGACCCAAUUACUAAUGACAAGAAAAAUCCAUGUCCGGAUUUACAAAAAAAUAUUAAGUAAUUGUGAGCUUGAACCAACACCCUGUAUAUUAUAAUUCUGAAAAUUUGUCAGCGCAUUUUAAAAGAGCAUAAAAACUGUGAUUAAACGUUCAUUUUAAUUUUUUCGCCGUUGAUUUAAUUACAUACAUCAAUUUUAAAAUUAUAUUGAAAUUUUAAAGAACUCUGAGAUUAAAAACCAGAUAUGUAUUAUUAACUUUUAAUAAUUUAGUGUUAAUGAAUCAAUACUUAUUUUAAAAAUACUUAAUACUUAUUUACUACCCUGGCUUCAUGGAUUCUCUGUAUUUGUAGCUGUAUGCACAUCAUUAAAAAUUAGAAUUGCGAUAUUUUAAUGAUUUAGUAAAGAAACAAUUCAACAAUUUAACAUAAAUUAAAAAUAUUUGAACUAGAAAUAACAGUUGCUCAAAAUGUUCGACAUUUUGUUCGAUGCAUUUUCUUGCUCGUUUUAAACGAUUUCGAAUCGAUUUUCUUAUUACAUUGGAAUUGUUCUUCAUUUUUCUGGCAGCUUCUUGUGACCUUGACAGAAUUAAUCAAUAUGAUUUCAAAAUUGCCGUAAUUAAAUUAUCUGCGCAAAAAUUUGACAUGCACCUUUUAACGCAGUUUUUGAUGCUCUUUUAAAAUGCGCAGACAAAUUUUCAUAAUUUCAAUAUACAGGGUGUUGGUUUAAGCUCACAAUUACUUUAUAUUUUUUUUGUUAAUCCGGACCUGGAUUUUUCUUGUCAUUAGUAAUUGGGCCGUUCCAAUGUGGUAAAUAAGUAUUGAUUAUUUUUAAAAUGAGUAUUUAUUCAUUAACUUUAAUAAUUUAUAACUAAAAGUUAGUAAUACCUGCUUUUUAAUGGCAGAGUUCUUAAAAAAUUCAAUAUAAUAUCAAAAUUAAAGUCAUAAAAUUGUCUGGCCGAAAAAUUGAAGCGAACCAUUAAACUUAGUUUUUUUGUGCUCUUUUCAAAUAUGCAAACAGAUUUUCAAAAUUUGAAUAUACAGGGUGUUGUUUUAAGCUCACAAUUACUUUAUAAUUUUUUGUUAAUCCGGACCUGGAUUUUUCUUAUGUUAGUAUGUCGGUCGUUUGGGUUUUGAGUGAGACAUACGUGUACCAAGUAUCAAAAAAAUAUUCAGGGUGGUUCUAAAGUUAUGGCUUAAUAAAGAAAUGGGCAAAAUCGAUAAAACACCCUGUAACUCGGUUAUAAAAGUCGGUAGGGCAAAAAAUGUAGUAUAUCUAGAACCGGCUCGGUGACCUCUAUUCACCAUUAAAGUAUUUCCGUUUCCCAAUGAAACACCCUGUAUAAAACCACAGUGUUUCUGGCUCUCUAAUCUUCAUCAGUAUUGUAUGUAAGUUACUAGGCUCACUAAUAUGUUUGUGAGGCCAAAGGAAGAUUUAUAAUUUAGCCAGAAAUGCUGAAGUUAUUUUUAGUUUAAAUUUAUAGUUACAUAAUUAUGUAACAUUUUUGUUAAAUUAUUCGAUCCGUUAUCUAGUGUUAAAUAAUUAAAUAAUUAAUAAAUGAUAAAUCUUUGUAAAUAUGUUGGGCUUUUUAGACUAUAGGAUUUUCUUCUAAUAGGAAAUAAUACACGUAUUUUAUAUUAAUUAAUAUUUACAUAUAUUAAAAAUGUUUUAAAUCUAAAA